AUGAGCGCCAGGAGCAAGCGUCCUAGUGAGUGGUGCCGCGUGUGGUCGGUGUCGGCGGCCGAGCUGUGCGGCACCUGUCUGCUGGUGCUGCUGUCCUGCCUGCCGGCGGCCGCCGACCCCCGGCCGGGCCUGCUGCAGCGCUCCGUGUCGGCGGGCCUGGUGGUGGCUCUCAUCGUGCAGUGUUUCGACCACGUGUCCGGAGCUCACCUCAACCCGACCGUGACCCUGGCGGCCGCUCUGUCCGGUCGCACCUCCUGGCUCCUGGCGGCCGCUAUGUGUGUGUCUCAGGUGGCAGGCUCCGCGCUAGGAGCGGUCGCCGCUCGCCUCCUCUCCUCGCGGGACAUCGUCGCUGCUUGCAUCACGACGCCCGCUUCUCAUAUCAGUGUAUAUCAGGCGGUGGUGAUAGAGCUGUUGUUGGGUUGUUGCCUGGCGCUCGCUAACCUGUCCUCGUGGGAUGUACGGAACCAAUACCUCAUCGACUCCUGGCCUCUCCGCAUCGGCUUUACCGUCUCAUCACUGUCCCUCGUCGCAGGUGACCUGACCGGUGCGAGUAUGAACCCCGUCCGCAGCUUCGCUCCCGCGCUCUGCAGUGGAGACUGGACCUCACACUGGGUAUACUGGGUGGGUCCCCUGAGCGGCUCCUGCCUGGCGGCGGCGCUGUACGCGGCCCUGUGGCGGGACCCGGCCGCCGGCCCGCGCCGCACCGCGCCCGCCGCUACAUGCACAUACACACACCAACAGAACAAGACAUAG